AUGUCUGUGGAUGAACCAACACCUUUGCCUCUGCCUUUGUCUUUGCGCCGUCCAAAGAUCUAUAGUUUUUUGACAUUUGUGCAAUCGGCAUCCGCACUUUCCUUCUCGACAUUUGCAGUCAUCCAUGGUGUACAGAUCGUGAUUGCCGCAAUAAAUGGAGUCGAUUCUGCCAAUCAAUCGCUUUUGUUGGCAAGACCUCUCUAUCAGGACCAGAACUUAGAAGCCGUUUUGGUGACCGGAGCCGCAACCAUACAUGUGCUGGCUGGACUAGUCAAGUCGACCGUCGUCAUCCGACGUCCCUGGAAAACCCUUGUUGCACUAAGCUCACAAGCGCCACACCCACAAUCAAACCUAGAAUCACAAACUCAAACGCAGUUAUUUCGUUUCCAUAGCUUAUCCGGUCUUGUACUCAUACCCCUGGUUGGAUUUCAUCAUCACCUCGUUCGACGCCUUCCGGCUAGAUAUUUUGGAGACUCUGCGUUUGUUGACUUUGGAUUGAUUUCCUGGGGACUUCAGAACCGGGCCUAUUUUACUUGGGGACUCCACACUCUCUUGAUUGGUGCAGCUGUUUACCAUGGAGUGAGUGGUGCAGCAUUAACGUGGAGGCGCGUAUUUGGAACCAAAGCCAAAGCUAAAACCAAAAUCAAAACCAAAAGCUAUUGUUCUUCUGGGCUGACAAAAAAAAUUGUUGGUGCAGGAAUCGGGUGUGCUUUGAUCGCAGGCUUGGUAGCCAUUGGGCGGACCAAAAAGAUUCCUCUGAGAAGAGAAUAUAAAGCUAUUUACGACAUGAUAUCGCUUUAA